AUGCAUCGUCAUCGAAGGUGGUGUGUCGCUCUCGUCCUCUUCCUCUUCCUCUCCGGAGCAGUCGCAAACAGUAGUCGAAUUGCUGAAACUCGACAAAGAGAAGAAAAGAAGGAGGACAAGAAGACACUCGCUUUCUCGUACGACACGAACGACAACAAAAGGGUAGCGUUGGGUGCGAGAUUUUUAGAAGACGAUCAGUUGGACUCCCAAGAAGAGUGCAUGAGAGAUGCGUUUUUUUCUAUUUUUAACCAACAUCAUCAUCACGGCGGCGGGCGUCGAUUCAAAGGAUCAGAAGAGGAUAUCUUCUGCGAACUUCUGGUGCAGGCGAAGGAUAAAGACGCGUUGAAAUGCCUCGUCGCGGUGAAUGCGGUCUCGUGUCGUCUGGAACGGUCUAAAGUAAAAAGCAGAUUGGGGAAAUGUAAUAAAAAGCGUUUCGAUGGUGGGUGCGAGAGGUGCGCGUUGAAACGAAUAGGAGGGUCAGACGACGACGACGACGACGACGACGACGACGACGGAAGAGAUGGUGAGGAUACAAAGAACAGCAAUGGACUGAAAGGACUGUUCAAGUUUCUGUUUUACGACGAGGACGAGGACGAGGACGACGACGACAACGAAAAUAACGCCGAUGGAAUGGACGAAGAGGAAGAGGAAGACGAAGACGAGACUACCCGUCGUAAUUUUUUCUCCGUUACGAAAGCAACAGAACUCAACAUGUAUUUUCAAGCGCUUUCGAGAGUAGAAUCAGAGUGCGCGCAACACGAGCAACGAUUCCGCGCGCUGAGAGCUUCGAGAGAAUUAUCCGAGUUUUUUAAACGAAUCGAACUUUCCGAGUUGGAAGCGAAAAAGAGCGUUGAAAAUUCAAUGGAAAGAUUACGAGCGAUGGAAUUUGAAAUCAAAACAUCAGUGCACGAGACGCUGUUAGAGACGCAAAACGUGCACAAUCAAACGCGCGAAAGACUCAACUUGACGUUAACACGUGUCCAAGAAGCACAAAACGCGGUAGAAAAAUUGACUGCGUUCGCAAAGGUACACUCUAUGCGAUUGAAAGAACUCGCGAUUACUUUCAAUCGCAUGCGAGACGCGCUCUCGAAAUCGAGUUUGGUUUUCUUCUUCUUCGUUUGGUGGUUCGUAUUUGGGACUUCUUUUGUGCCACACGCGUUGAGAACGUUUCUCAGAGAAAGUUUAAGACAGAUCUUAGGCGCCGUCUUGUGUAGUCACGCGAUUGAAAUCGCCCUCGUGCCUCGAUUUGUCGAGUAUUAUUACCGUCAGCAGUAUCAAAUCAAGGAAACGGCGGAAGAAGAACGAGAGGAAGACAUCGACAUCGAACUUCUCAUCGCGCAAGCCACGCAACUCGUCCGCGUGACCGUAGCCACUACCGUCGCUGUACGAAGCAUACGAACCACGAUGCUAAAAAACAAACGAGAGAAAUCGCGUUUGCUCGAACAAGAAGCUUUCGCGAGCAGUUUGCGCCGAGUCGAAACCGACGUGCGCGCUUUGCUCGCAGAACGACGAGGACGAGAAGAAGAACAAGAAGAAGAAGUAAAAAGAGGAAGAAGAGGACGAGUUGUGGUCAAAGCCUUGUUACCACCAUCGAGAAGACAAGAAGACGAUUCAGACGAUUCAGACGAGAUCUCAGAGAAGACCAAGAAGACCAAGAAGACCAAGAAGAAAAUGAAAGAGGAUUUUAAGGAGGAGAUAAAAAUAUCGCGCCUGACGGUGUACCCGUUGAAAUCGUGCAAAGGCAUCGACGUGAAGCGCGCGCGUUUGACCGAAACUGGAUUCGAGUGGGACAGAUGCUUUUGCGUGAUCGAUAAAGACGGGGAAUUUAUCAGUCAGAGAACUGUUCCUGAGUUGGCGUUGGUUGAAACCGAGUUUCGCGGGGCCAUCUUUGAGGAUGAUGAAGAGGAUGAUGAUUUUGAUGAUGAGAACAGUACGAUGGAACGAGUCAUGAGGGAGGAUGUGAACGACGACGGGGUAAACGACGUAAACGAGACUGAAUCGAUGAUGAAAGAUGCGAAAUUAAUUCUGCGAAGUCCAAACUGCGCGGACGAGUGCGAAAUUCCUCUGCUGGCGAGAAAAGAGGACAUGUCUGGCGAGGUGGAAUGUUCGGUGUGGGACUACUGCGGCGUUCACUUGGCGGAGAGCGACGCGGUGAACGAGUGGAUAUCGAGGGCGAUAAGAGUGCCCGGGGCGAAAAUUGUUCGUUGGAUUGGAACCGGAGGGAUACCGGAACGGUUUAAUAAGUACGUUUCGACGAGCGAUCGCAAAUCGAGACCGAAAAGGCCUUUAGACGAGCGAUACGCGAAGAACGGCGGCGAGACGGCGUUUAGCGACGGGUACCCCGUGUUGUUAGCCCACGAGUCCAGUCUCGACGAUUUGCAAAAGCGCGUGGUCAUGGGGAAAGAGCUGUUCAAUUUAGCCGGAAGCGAAGUGAAAAUGAAUCGCUUUCGACCGAACGUGGUUGUUUCCGGAGGUAAAGAGUGGGCAGAGGACAAGUGGUUAAAGAUAGAAACACGCGCGAGAAAGAGCAAGAGCGAUGGCGGCGGCGGCGGCGGCGAACGCGGCGGAGAUGAAGGUGGUCUUUCUUGGGACCUCGUCAAACCGUGUUCUCGGUGUACGAUCCCGGAUAUAAACCAAGAAACCGGCAUCUUCGAUAAAAACCGCGAAGUCUCUCGCGCGUUGCAAAAAUUCCGCUCCGGGACCGUUCUAAACAGCCAAACCAAAUCGUGGGCGAACGAAGUCUUCUUCGGGUGGAACAUGAUUACGAGCGCGCCAGGCGGCGGCGGUUUGAAAAUAUCCGUCGGAGACGUCGUGACUGCGAAAGAGCUCAGACCAAAUCUCAGUGGUGGUGGUGGUUUCAUGUAG